UUUUAUUAAGUCAGAGAAAAGUUUGUUGGUUGAAGUUGGUUGGGACAUUGCUGUCUGUGUCAAAUAAUGUUGUUUGUCAAAAAGAAGAAAAAUGAAACAACAAAUUAAACUUAAAUAAGAAUUUUAAAGUCUACAAAAAUGUGAAUUUUAUGUAUAUAACAGAAUUGGAAAAGAAUUAUCUGAAUAGAAAUCUUAAUCCUACAAGAAUGGUCGAUAUCUCUAUAAUUAUACCGGUAUAUAAUGGAGAAAAAUGGAUAACCCCUUGUAUGAAGUCUAUUGCUGAACAAUCUAUUUUAGAAACAGAUGUGAAGGUAGAAGUUGUGGUUUUCAACGAUGGUAGUAACGAUAAUACAGAUCUCAUACUCAAUAAAUGGAAGAAAUAUUUUAAAGAGAAUAACAUGAAUUUUAAUCUAACUGGCUCUCAUAUUUCGAGGGGUGUUGGUGCUGCCAAAAAUGCUGCUGUUAAUCAAAGUGUGGGCGACUUUUUAUGUUUUCAAGAUAUAGAUGAUGUAAUGCAUAGUGAUAGAUUACUUCUACAAUGGAAAGCAGCUUGUUAUAAUCAUAACGCUCUUAUAGGAGCGAAAAUUUCAAGAACACCUGUCAACUCAACACCGCGUCUUACUCGUUGGGCAAAUAACCUUUCUCCAAAACAAUUAAAAUCACAAAUUUAUACAUCAAAUGGACCUACUGUUUUGAUGCCCACAUGGUUUUGUCAUAGAACUAUUUUCGAUAAAAUAGGAGGCUUCGAUGAAGGAGACCGUGGCACACCAGAAGAUCUUAUUUUUUUUUAUAAACACUUAGAUUUUAAUGGAGAUGUUUUAAGGGUUGAUGAGAAGUUGCUAAUUUAUACUUACCAUAAAGACGCAACAACAUUUUCUGUUAAAAGGAACCAUAUAUGGAAAAUACAAUUACAGAGACUUGAAAAAUGUGUGUUUCCAAAUUGGAAACAAUUUAUUAUUUGGAAUGCAGGAAAAGCUGGAAGGAAAGUUGUUCGUUCCUUAAGUGAGAGUAGUUUGAAUAAAGUAACUGCUUUCUGUGAUGUAGACAAGAAAAAAGUAGGUCGGACAAUAGAGUUGUAUUGUCCUAUUAAGCACAAAGUUAUCAAAAAGGUACCAGUUAUCCACUUUACAGAUGCAGUACCGCCAUUGCUAAUAUGUGUUAAAUUCGAUCUGACAAAUGGCCAAUUUGAAAAUAAUCUCAAAUCUCUGAAUCUCAGUGAGGGUGAUGACUAUGUUUUUUUUAAUUAAGAAAUAAUAUAAAGUAUGCAGAUAACAAUUAAAUUGUAAUAGAAAUAUAUUAAUUUAUUACUUCA